AUGGAAGACAGCCGUAGAUUCAAACCCAAAACCGAGAGAAGACGACGAGCCACCACCGACUCCAGCUCGCCGGAAUUCGACUUCUGGAGGCUGCAGAACCCGUCUUGCCCGCAACCUGAUCUCGUCUCCGCCGAUGAGCUCUUCGUCGACGGCGUCAUUCUCCCACUCCGCCUCGUCCCCGCCUACAAAAACCCGCCCGACCCGAACCCGCGACCCGACCCGGAGGAGAUUUCUGCUCCGGACCCAGAACCCGAAGCCCAGGUGGCGACCGGAGCUCCGGCGAUGACGGCUUCGAAGCGGUGGAGGGACAUGUUCAAGAAGAAGAGCGAGGGCGGUGAGAAGGAGAAGAAGAAGGAGCGGAAGAGCGGCGGCGGAGCAGCCGCCGGAGCUAGCUCGGCGGAGCUGAACAUAAAUCUGUGGCCGUUUUCGCGGAGCAGAUCCGCCGGGAAUGCUUGUACCCGACCCAAAUCAGCUUUCGGGGCUCCGGGGACCCGGAAGGUGAACAGCGCGCCGUGCUCGAGGAGCAACUCAACGGGCGAGUCCAAGUCGACGAGGAAGUGGCCGGCGAGUCCGGGUCGGGGCGGGGUCCACUUGGGUCGGAGCAGCCCGGUUUGGCAAGUCCGGCGUGGAGCCUCCGGUUUGAGCAAAACCGCCGACAGAAAUGCCGAAAAAAGCGCCAAAACAGAAGCGCCCGAAACUCGCCGGAGUAAAACCACCGUAGGAGGUGGCGGAGGUGGUGCAAAGCCUAGAGUCUUGAACUUGAAUGUUCCAACUUGUAUUGGGUAUAGAAGCCAUUUGAUGAGUUGUAGGAAUGACGUCAUGAAUAGUGCUGUAGGAGUCCGUGGAGGUAGCAACACCAACAACCGUGGCGCCGCCGCCGCUGACGGUGGUGGAGUUAGUAAUGCUGCUGGGGCUGGUAGUAAUCUUUUUAAUCUGCGCAGCCUUUUCUCUAAGAAGGUGUACUAA